AUGACUGGGGCUGAGAUUGAACCAAGUGCCCAGGCCAAGCCUGAAAAAAAGGCUGGAAAAGAGAUUGGGGGUGGAGCUGAGAGAGAGAAUGAUGUCCAGAUGGUGGUCAGACCCAAGGUUAGGGCCCAGACCCAGGCAAUGCCUGGGGCAAGGCCCAAAACUGAGUCAAAGGCUAUGAAUGGGGCAAGGCCCAAAACUGAGUCCCAAGCAAUGUCUGGGGCAAGACGCAAAACUGAAGCCAGGGCAGUAGGUGGGGCACGUCCUAAAACUGAGGCCAAGGCAAUCCCUGGGGCAAGGCCCAAGGAUGAAGCCCAAGCUUGGGCUGAGGCUGAAUUUGGAGCUGAAGUAAUGUCCCAAAUAGAGGGCAUGCCCCUCACCAAUGCAGCAGCCUGGCCACUGGUCAGUACUGAGUCUGGAUCAGUUCCUAAACCCGUAGCCCUAUCUGUAGACAGGGAACUGUUAAAUAUGGACUCUGAGACCUUUCCUGGUUCCCAGGGUCAGCCAGGAAUUCAACCCUGGUUUGGAUCAGGGGAGGAAACUAAUAUGGGGUCUUGGUGCUAUCCCAGGCCCAGGGCCAGAGAGGAAGUGUCUAAUGAAUCUGGAUUCUGGUCAGCCGAUGAGACCUCUACAAUGUCUUCUCUCUGGGCUGUAGAAGAAUCCAGUAUCAGAUCAUGGCCCAGGGAAGAGCCCAGGUCCAGGCACAGGGCUAAACAUCAGUCUAGGCCCAGAUCCAAGCCAGAACCCUAUAUUGAUUCCUGGUCUGGGUCUGAGGAGGAGUCUGGCAACCCAUUCUGCUUGUGGCCUGGAGAAAAUACCAAUAACUUGUUCAGACCCAGAGUCCGGGAUGAGGCAAAUGCUAGGUCCAAACUCAGGACAAAGAAAGAGGACUGUUUUGAAUCUGAGUCUGAAGAUGAGUACUAUAAUGAGUCUUGGUUUUUGCCUGAGGAGAUGAUUAGUAGAUUCAGGUCCAGAGACAGGGAGGAGCCUGAUACUGUCUUGAAGCCCAGGGCCCAGAAAGAUGAUAACAGUAAUAGGGUCAAGCAUGAGCCCAAGUUUGAGGAGGAUGUCAUCAUUGGGUCCUGGUUCUGGGCAGAGAAAGAGGCUGAUGUGGAGGCUGGGGCUUCAGCCAUCUGUGAGUCCAUGCCAGGGGAUGAGGAGGGGGCCAUUGGUGGAUCCUUGUUCUGGACGGAGGAGAAGUCCAGUUUGGGGGCUGUGGCCAGAGAGGAGACGAGGCAGGAGUCUGAAGAAGAGGCCAUAUUUGGGUCCUGGUUCUGGGAUAAGGAUGAGCCUUGCUUUGAUCUAAAUCCUAAUCCUGUGUACAGGGUUAGUUCCAGGUUCAGAGAUUUCGCUGAAGAGGGAAUUAAUACAGCAUCCAGGCCUCGAACCUGGGAAGAGGUCACUGUUGAAUACAAACCUGGCCCUUAUAGGAUUGGCUUCCCAUCCCCAAGCUCCUUUAAAAUUUCUGGAGAAGCAUCCUCUGCAUUCAUUGAACUGUUUGAGGGAAAACCCAAUAAUGCCGAAGGGGAAGAUGAGGAAUCUUCCCCUCAGGCCAAGCAGCUCACAAUAAAGUGUGAAUCCUCCUACCGGUCAGUCACGGAAAUUAGAGAGCAUCUUAAGGCCAGGGAGAGUGCGGAGCCUGAGACUUGGUCUUGUAGCUGCAUACAAUGUGAACUUAAAAUUGGUUCUGGAGAGUUUGAGGAACUCCUCCUGUUAAUGGAAAAGGUUCGUGAUCCUUUUAUUCAGGAAAUAUAUAAGAUUGCAAUGGGUAUGAGAAGUGCUUCUCAGUUUACCCGAGAUUUCAUUCGGGAUUCAGGUGUUGUCUCACUUAUUGAAACCUUGCUUGAUUAUCCCACCUCCCGAGUUAGGACAAGAUUUUUGGAAAAUAUGAUUCUUAUGGCUCCGCCUUAUCCACAUCUAAACAUGAUUGAGACAUUCAUAUAUCAAGUGUGUGAAGAAACCUUAGCACAAGGCUUGGAUUCCACUGAGCAACUGCUUGGAUUAAGGCUGCUUAGACACCUCACUAUGACUACUGCCUAUCACACACUGGUUGCCAAUUUUAUGUCUGAGUUUCUUUCCCUGUUAGUUACAGGAGAUGUAACAACCAGGUUUUUUGUUCUGAAAAUGCUGUUGAACAUGUCUGAAAAUCCUAUGGUGGCAAAAACACUAUUCAGUACCAAAGCUCUAUCGGUAUUUGUGGGUCUCUUUACCUUACAAGAAGCAUAUGAAAAUAUUCAAAUUGUUAUUAAAAUGUUUCGUAAUAUCAAUACUAUUAUAAGAAAUGGGACAAUAGCCUUAAUUGUUGAUGAUUUUAGUCCUGCGCCAUUUCUGACUGCAUAUCAACAAUUUGAGAAGUUAGCUAAAGCACUACAAACCCAAAUAGACAAUCAAAAGGAUCCUGAUGGAGGACAACCAAACUAA